GCAGCUAACUCAGAGUAAGAAGCUCUGCAUGUGUGUUGGACGGGGAGGGGGGGGUGAGACACAGAGCAAGCGAGUGAGUGUAAUGUGCCUUUCAAAGUGCUGGGAGCUUGAUGGGAAUGUUUGAUUAGCUCCACUCAGAAAAAAAAAAGUGUCCAGGCCUCCUUUUCCUGCUUGUUUCUGAUUCUUUAGAAUAACGUUGACUGGACUUUGUGGUGCAGAAAAACUUGGGAAAAAAUACCGCCUUCAUACUGUGAGGAGAAAAGGAAAUAGAAAGUCACUCACCUCAAGCAAGCGCAUUUGACUGACCCUGCUGAUUUUGUUGUUCUAGCCAUGAAGGCAUCAGUCUUUGCGACCUUUUUUGCUUUGUUUCUGACUUGUACAUAUGCAACUAAAGAAGCCACAAAGAAGAACAAAAAAGCUAAACUACAUGUACCAGAGGUAGACUGCGAUAUCAAAGCUGGGAAGAUAAUCAAUCCGGAGUUCAUUGCAAAAUGUCCACCGGGAUGCCAAGACAUAAAAUACCGUGUUUAUGGCACAGACAUUUAUGCUUCUUUUUCCAGCAUAUGUGGUGCUGCUAUUCACAGUGGUACAAUUGACAACUCGGGAGGGAAAAUCCUUGUUCAGAAAGUUGCUGGACAAUCUGGUUAUAGAGGGAGCUUCUCCAAUGGAAUCCGAUCCUUGUCCCUACCACGCUGGAGGGAGUCCUUCAUUGUUUCAGAAGGCAAACCAAAGAAAGGUGCAACAUACCCAUCAGUUCUUGAAUAUUCUUCCUCAAAAAGCUUACCUGCAAAAACAGAACCUAAAAAGUCAGCACAAGAUAGGAAGGCAACCAGGAAUACAGACACCUCUAAUGCAUCAGAAAAAUCACCUGAACAAGCUGAUACACUCCGCAAAGAAUAUCAGACAUCUCCAGGAGCGGUUCCCACCACACAAGUUCCAACCACAACUCUGAAGUUCACCAUGACUCCAGAACCCAUCAGCGCAACACCAAAGCCAACUACAAUCCUUGCAACAACCAGCAUCACAACUGCUAUCACCACUGCCAAACCUCGACAUGCGAUGCAUAAGGUCCGGGACAUAGGUCCUAGCAGCAUCCAUCCAGUUUACUCAGCUGCGGCAGCUGCAGCGUCAAGGCAGAUCCAGGCUGUACAAGGAAGAGGCCAGAAUCAAGCAUUCAGGAGUACUUCAACCCAUGCUAGUAACAGAAAUAUUCCUCGAGCCAAUACAGGUAUUCAACACCAAGAGUCUGUUGCGGCCUUCCGGAAACCGGCUGGGUCUCCAGUUCAUCUUGCUAUGGAAACUGACUCGUGGAAAUCUGAAUCAAGCCUUUUUGACACAGGCUUCAGUUCAAAGGAAGAAUUGAAUCCAAAAUCCUUGGAGCCAGUUUCCCAGGGAAAUCCAAACUGCAAAGUUGAUUUAUCCUUCUUGAUUGAUGGGAGCUGGAGCAUCGGAAAACGCCGUUUUCAGAUCCAAAAACAAUUUCUCAGUGAUGUCGCUCAAGCUCUGGAUGUUGGCAUAGCUGGUCCUCUCAUGGGUAUUGUUCAAUAUGGUGACGAUCCGUCUACAGAAUUUAACCUCAAAACUCAUGCGAACUCCAGGGAUGUGAAAAAUGCCAUAGAGAAAAUUCUACAGAAAGGAGGACUUUCCAAUGUUGGGAAGGCACUUUCGUUUGUGAACAAACACUUCUUUUUGGACACCAAUGGCAACCGAGGCGGCGCGCCCAACGUGGCUGUAGUGCUGGUGGAUGGCUGGCCCACUGACAAGGUGGAGGAGGCCUCUAGGCUGGCGCGAGAAUCUGGAAUCAACAUUUUCUUUGUCACCAUGGAAGGAGCCGAUGAAAAUGAAAAACAGAAUGUUAUUGAGCCCAACUUUGUGGACAAGGCAGUGUGCAGAACAAAUGGCUUCUAUUCCAUUAAUGUGCCAAGCUGGUUCAACCUACGCAAGGUAGUCCAGAACUUGGUGAAGCGUGUCUGCGACACAGAUCGGCUGGCUUGCAGCAAGACGUGUCUAAAUGCAGCUGACAUUGGCUUUGUAAUUGACGGUUCCAGCAGCGUUGGCACUGGCAAUUUCCGCACUGUCCUCCAAUUUGUAGCCAACAUAAGUAAAGAAUUUGAGAUUUCAGACACUGACACCCGUGUCGGGGCAGUGCAGUACACCUAUGAGCAGAGGCUGGAGUUUGGAUUUGACAAGCACAGCACUAAGCAAGAUGUUCUGAAUGCUAUUAAGCGAGUCAACUACUGGAGUGGAGGGACCAGCACUGGAGCAGCCAUCACCUACGCUUCUGAACAGCUCUUUAGCAAAUCCAAGCCCAACAAGAGGAAGAUAAUGAUCCUGAUUACAGAUGGCAGGUCUUAUGAUGAUGUCCGAGGGCCAGCCAUGACAGCUCAUCAAAAUGGGGUCAUAGCUUAUUCUGUUGGAAUUGCAUGGGCAGCCCAAGAUGAACUGGAAGCCAUUGCAACGGACCCAGAUAAAGAGCAUUCCUUCUUCGUGGAUGAAUUUGAUCACCUCUACCGAUUUGUUCCUAGGAUCAUCCAGAACAUUUGUACGGAAUUCAAUUCACAACCACGGAACUGAUGAAAGCAGGUCAUGCAUUAUACUAAAGCUGGAUCACUGGGUGUCAUGCAGAAGAUACACAAAAUGCUAUUCAAGUAAUGCCAGCUAUGAAUCCAAGAAAUACUAGAAGAGUUAUUCUCUGGCAUUUUUCAGUUAAAGCUGAUUUCAGCUCUAUUCCCUAUGCAUGAUAAAGCUCUGCGCAGACCAAGGCAUUUCUAUUUUAACUUUUUUGCUGGCUUCAAACCUCUAAUCUGGUUAGAUAGACAAAGAGAUGUACAACCAUGGAAAAGAUAAACCAAGUGACUCAGCUUUGUAGAUUGAAAAUGUGUUUCCAGAAGAGCAGUUUGAAAAAGUUUUUCAGUGUAGAUACCAGACAAUUUCAUUUGGCCUUUGUGAAUUGCAGAUGCUCUCUUGAAAGAUAUUCCUAUCACAGUGCUUCUCAAACUGUCAUCUGCAGACCACUGGUGGUCUGCAGAACACUCCCAGGUGAAGCCAAGCUAUAUCAGAGUGAUGAAGCAUCUCUGGCUUCUAGCAGCCAUGCUUCCUGCUAGUUGUUCAGAUCAGGACUCUCAGGAUUUCCAGAGAUGCUUUCCAACAAAAUCCAGAAUUUUUUUUUAAAGCUGGGACAGCUGUUUGAUGUGUGUCUGUCAGGGUUUUCAUUUGGUGUCAUUUCAAGGAGAAAGUUAUGAACAAGAGAAAGAGGUGAACUGCAAAAUGACCGGGAUAGAUUAGAGCAGUGUGGUCUGCAGGCAUUUACCGAUCCUAAUGAAAUUCUGCGUCCAUGGAAAGGACGCAGCCAAUGCACAUACAAAAUUGGAAACAUUGAAUCCAGAAUCCCCACUCAUUUAGUACAGGAAGUUUAUUUUCAAUGUUGUCCUCUGAAUGUUGUUCUAUUGUCAGGGUCCAAACAUAACAGUGAAAGGAGGGUCUGGGUCCAAGAAGCCGAUACCACUGGAAAGGCCUCAGUCUUAAGUGGGACACAAUACGAAAAAAGUUUGAGAACCACUGCGCUAUCAUCCAGACAUUCCACUUUUAGAUUUCACACCAAAGUGUGUACAGCGAUCACUAGCAUGAAGAGAGAAGACUGCUCGAGGGUUGUUAAGGAAUGAUGAGAAAGGCAGUCUUGCUGCAUUAGUGGGUGUUCUGCUUUGGCAGAAAACAGGACUUCCCAAUGUUAGACAUGCUGUAGAUAGUGAAUUAUGGGGUGGCUUUGUGUCUGUUGGUUCACAGAAUAUGCACUGCACUGUACUUGCCCAAGCCAAUUUAUAUUACCAUGCUGCCUUCUUAAAUGAGGAACUAGUUAGUCAUCAGCAAUUGAUCCCAGCAGUGAGAUAUAACUGAUGUUUUGAAAGACUUAAACUUUAGGCAGUGUGAGCAGCAGGCAUUUUAUCACCUGCUAAAACUUGCUAAUCUAUGACUGCCAUGGUCCAUGGAGGGAAAGGGCAGAAAUGUUAAAUGGUACUUGAGAGAAACAAAACUAUUGAUGAACUUCACCAGCUGCUGGAGUCUGUAGUCCACACCGGUUUUUGGAGAGAGCUAAAAAGGCCAGGGUAAGAAUGUAACGAUGGUAUUACACCAGUUUGUGUGGCAUAAAUCUUCCAGUUACUACACUUGUAAUAAACAUGGGGAUCUAAAUGCAACCAUGUCAUUAAAAAAACUACUACUCAAAAAAA